UUUUUGCUUUUGUCGCCGGAUUCUCGAAAAUUACUGACAACCACUCUUAUUGCACAAAGAUCUUUGAUACAUAAGGGAACGUUUCUAAUCAAGAGUAUCACCUGUGAAUGACCAAAAAAGAAAAAUCAUUUAAAUUUUCUUGCAUAUUCUGCAACACUGCACAAAGAUUCACGACGGAUUUCCAUGAUGAAAAACAUCAUGGAAGCCUCAAAAGUGCAGUAAUACAGCGACAACCGGUUGCUCUCCAAAAAUAAUUAGACAAAACUCAGUUUGUAACAACAAACAACAACAACAAGUUUGUUAAGUUUGCAGGAAAAUCUUUUUACAAUAAUCACCUCCUGCAGAUAGCGAGCUAAUCUAGGCAGGCGGUGUUAAGGACAUACAACACGAAUUACAAAAACACGAAUUAUGCGAAUUACUCGAUUUUGCAUACAUUAUUUGACAAAAGAGGGAAAAGGUGAUAAAAAGUAAAUUAAUAUAUUAUGUUUGAAUUAUAAUUAAGAUGCCUUUUUUAUUUCAGAAAUAAGAGUUUGUGCAAACUAGCCUAAAUGUUUUUUUACAUUCGUCAUUUUGUUCCUUUGCGGCUUAUUUUUGUCUUCUAUCACGCUUGGCUCAGAACCAACCUCGGAGAAAAUGACUCCUUGUGAUGGAAUAAUCAAGGGAGACACUAUCAUGUACCUCUUGGUCGAAGGAGUGAAAAUGCUGAAAUGUCGAUAUAAAAACAAUUACAGGUAAUUACAAUGGCUUCGACUGCUGUGUACAGACAAGUACACAUAUAUUCAGGUGCAGUACAACCGAACGUUUAAGGUCACCUCAGAGGUUUGCUCAUGUUUUCAUUUGCCAAAUUCGCUCAAAUUUCCGAAUUUUGUGAUCAUAACUUUUCAACAGAUUAACUGCACACCUACAUAAAGCUCCAGCUCGAACGCACUGUUCGGAAACUGUCUUCAUCUUUGAGGUUACCAGAGCGUCGAAAUAGAUGACUUAAUAACUAAACUUCUCAUUUCAGCAAGAACUCACAGAUUAUUCUUUUUUUUUUUCUUCCGCCAGAGCCAAGAAGGUGACUCACAAGAUGCCCCCGAGCCAUUUUUUGGAUCUCCGCCUUGUCAGAACCAACCUGGAUAAAGAAGGUUUUAAGUUUCAACUGGAAGAAUAUGCUGUGACAAGAAUCCUCGAAGCUUGAGUAUUACAGGAGAGUCACUAUCAUUGUGAAUUUCAACAUUGCUUGUACAACAACAUAAGAUGAAUAAAGAAGAGC